AUGCGCUUCACGCUCCUUGCACUCUUCGCAGCAGCACUCGCUGCUGCACCUGCGCUCGCCAUCGAGCAAGUCGAGGACUUUGAGGCGCCCGAUUUCAAGCCAGUGACUCAGCCUCCCUACACGGGCACAACGUUCGAUCCAGCACAGACAAAUGCGGGUGGCACAACCAACUCAGCAGGAACCUUUGCCGUCUCCUCCUUGGCCAAAUCCUUUUCCUACUCGUUCGACAGCAACAUUCCCCAGACAUCUUCCUUUGCUCUGAGCAGCGUUCAGUUUGGCUCGCCCCAGGCUCAGGUCACACCUGGAUACUACACCGACCCUACAAACACUGCCGUCCCUCUCUACACGCCUUCGAGUUCCGAAGGCAGACCUAGCAUUACUUCGAGCGUUUCUGUGCAGGCCGUGCCCACCGCACCCGCGGAUGGUGCAAUGAUCAAGGCACCCCAACAUUUGGGCACCGUGGCCGUCGCUGGAGCUGUUGCCGUCUUGGGUGCCGUCUUUGCCCUAUAA